GGAAAGGUGGUAGAGUCUAGACAUGCAAUUGGGCGCUUUGCGUCGCCCUCACUACAGUAGGUAAUUGGCAGCAAGCAGGAAGCAAGCAAGCCCUUGAUUUCUUUGCUGGGCCUUGGGGUCCUUGUUGAGGAGGAUCGAGAAAUUUCCGUGCCUUGCAAGAAUAAGUGGACUAGGGCCAAGAGAAACGUUCAACGAUCGGCCCUGCGGAUUGUAGGUCCUGGCGGGUGAAUUGGUUCUUGACGAUUCUCUGGCAGCCAAGGAUUGGCGAUCCCUCAUUUGACAUGUUGCUUUGAGAAUCAGAGUAGGUAAAAGGUGGAUGGAAUCACCCAGCCGGCCUGUCAGAGGCAGCUGCAAAAACAUGAGUGACAGGGCAUUGAGGCAGCGCAAGGCCCCUGUCAAUUACGUGGGGAGCCCCUUCCAGACACCUGAGAAGGAGCGAGAGCAGAAGUGGCCGACUGGGCGUCACAAGCGCAAGCUGGUGAGCAGCGAUCAGGCAGCGGGGGACAAAGAGAACAACCUCUUCAAUGACCCCCCUUCGGUUGCUGUGGAAGAGCCUCGGCCCGAGGUGCAGCAAGACAAGAAGAGGGGAAAGGCCGCUAAGAAGCAGCUUGCCGAUUCUGCCGGUGCACCAAAUACCGCAGAUCAGCAACCGCAAGCUGGCAGCCAAGAAGAGAAGGGCAAGGACCAAAAGGCAAAGAGGGGGAAGAAAGUGGCCAAUGUGGCACCCCUUGUUGAUGCCACCCCAUCUGAUGGAGCAGCCAGUGAAGGCCAUGGUCCAGGGGAAAAUGAGUUGCAAGAGCAGAACGGAGUCACCGAGAAGGCAGUUGGUAAGCGAGGGGCCGCUAAGGGUGCGGCCAAGAAUGUCAAGGGGACUGCUCUGGACAAGAAGAAAGUCAGCCAGCAAGUCGCUGCGGCUACUGCGGCCGUUUUCAAGGCUCAGGGAAAGAAGGCUUCCUCUGGCAGCACUCGAGCAGCCAAGAAAGGGAGCUCCAAGGGCGGUAGAGGGGAGCCGGCGGCAGGCCCCGAUGUCAGCCAAGGAGGGGAGACGUUGGCAGGCGCCAAUGUCAGCCAAGAGGGGGUGAUAUCAGCGGGUGCAGCAUCUGGCGAAGUGAGAAAGGGGGCAACAACAAGGGGAGCCCUUCAGGCGCAGAAACCAGUGGCCAACAGUAAGGCAGUUGCAAAGGAGAAGAAACCAGUGUCGGGGGGAAAAGGAGAGGGUUCAGGGGGAAGCCAGCCAGGAAAGGCUACCAGGGAAAGCAGAAAGAGGAAAGCGCAGGAGAGGGCCGUUGUGGAGAUCGACGGGGGGGAUGAGGCGGAUGCACUGCCUCCCGUGAAGAAGGCGGCAGGGCCAAGUACUGCACUGGUGCCGUUCAUUAAUGCCUCAAAGGUUGCGGCUGAGAGGCAGCGACAAUCGCAGGGGAAGGGCUUGGCAGUCUCUAAAGAUGCAGGGGCUUUCCUCAAGUUGCAGGAGGCAUACAGCAAGCUUCAGACCAAAUACCAGGCCCUCAAGCAAUUGCGGCUGGACGAGACAGAGAGUCUCUUUGACGCACAGAAGAAGGUGGUGAAGGAUCAUAGUGAAGCCGCCAAAAAGCUCGUGAGCCACUGGAAAGAACAGGUGGCUCGCAUACAGGAGGAAGAAGCGACCAUUGUGGAGACAGCGAAGCGGGCCAGGGAUUUGAGGCAGGAAAACGACCUCCUGAAGAUCAAGUUCAUUGAGCAAGAGGAGAAACAUCUGCUGAUCGAGGCCCGUCUCCAAGAGCUCCAAUCAGAGCUGCAGGAUGCCACGCAGCACGCUCUUGAGUACGCGCGACCAGGCCCAGAGAACCGUGCAGCGGAGAUUCAAACGCCGGCAGAGGACGUCGGAGCGAAGGGGGCUGCUGCGACAGACGUCCAGGUCCAAGCCCCGACAGAGCCAGCCAAGCCGGACCAUCUUCCUGUGGCAUCAUCAGCGGCCACUCGCGAGCUGCCACGUGGCUUCGUUGAGGUCCGCAAAGAGGACCUCUUCCCGGGCCAGAGCGCCGCCGCUCAAAGCUCUGAGCUCCCGGCACUUGAUCGGGAGCAGUUGAAGCGCGAGGGUUUCGAGGAGGGUUUGAAGCAGGGGUUAAAGAAGGGUUUGGAGGAGGGACAGAAGCAGGGUUUCGCGGAGGGGUUGAAGGAGGGGUUGAAGAAAGGUCUGGAGGAGGGUCAGAAGCAGGGUUUCGAGGAUGGGGUGAAGGAGGGUGUGAGGACGGGCUUGGAGGAGGGCUUGAAGCAGGGUGACGGGAAGGGUUUCGAGCAAGGUUUGGAGGAGGGACAGAAGCAAGCCAUGCAGAAGAGCUUCGAGGAGGGGUGGGCGAAGGGCAUGAAGGAGGGUUUGGAGAAAGGUUUGGAGGAGGGUUUGGAGAAGGGUUUGACGGAGGGUUUGGCGAAGGGCCCGAAGCAGGGUUUGGACAAGGAGUCGGAGAACGGUCUGGAGGACGAUUUGGAGGUUGCAAACAAGGAUCUGAAGGAGGGCGAGGGUGAGGGUUUCGAAGACGGUUUCGAGAAGGGUUUGGAGGAAGGCUUAGAGAAGGGGUUGGAGGAAGGGUUAGAGGAGGGUUUGGAGGACGCUGACCCGACGGCGGGCCUUGGUGGGGAUCCCGACGCGGACAGCGCCUGGCGCGAGCUGCUGCAGAUCCUAACUGGGUGCUGCGCAGACGAGUGCGGGGAGAACAGGAUCCGCUUCACGCACGAGCGAUCAGGUCUCGUGUUCUACCUCACCGGCACGCCCCAGGACGAUGACGUCACGGGUGACGUCGGCAGGGAGGUGGACACGCUGUCGCGCGCCUCGAGCUUCUUCGACGCGGACGCGGCGGGCAAUGUGAGCUUCCUGUACGAACCGGAGGAGUUCGGCCUGCUGGACGAUGACGUCAGGGAGGACAGCGAGCUGAGGCGUUCGAAGACGCUGACAAUGCGGCAGGUGCCGCGGCUCGUGCACGACAUUCUGGGGCAGACGGUACCCCUCUCAUAGGCGUGUUCGAAAAGUGGAACUUAGAAAGUAUACCCUCGUAUUGAUGAUUAGGAUAUUGUCGUGUUUGUUCUACGUCUGUUUGGUACAAAACGUAUGCUCCCAGGGAGCCGCUGGCGAGCCCUGAUCGGAAUCCGCAUUAGGACGUGAAUGUUUCAGAUUAAGUUAGCAUCGGUCAUCAAGUAUUGGGCCACGAGGGAGACAUAUGGAGUCGGCGCCGUUGUCAGCUGUUUGGAGCAUACUCUUGGGAUGUGUUGGCCCCCCAGAUAUCUUGGUUUCUAUUUUCAAGCAAUCCUGCCAAUGACAAGCAAGGGACAACUAAGUAUGCAGCGACAAGCCAUGCAGGUCUGAUGAUUUUGUCCUAGAGGGC